GUAGCACUUCACUGUCACCGAUCCGUACCGUCCGACGCAAAAAUGAACCUAUCGGGUGCGUAUGGACCAGUGUUGCCACUAACAGAUUCAUUUGUUUUAUGAGAUAUUAACUGAUUUGACUCAUUUAAAAUUUGCUUAAAUUUUUAGAAAAUGUAGGUAUUUGGUAAUUUUUCACUUUAUAAUCCAAAACAUUUUCGACAUCUUUCCCCAACCACAGCUCGUACGACGAAAUUUUAGAAAUUUUACAUCGUUGUCUUCGAUGAGAAUGCCAUAUUCAAUUUAAGAGUGUAUCACUUUCCGUGAUUUUUUGUUUGCAUUCAUUUGGCUUCAUCAACGUUCACUCGAAGCAAAACAGUGCCUGUUUUUUUUUUGGUCCUCCGUUCGCGUAGUUGAUACAUCGGCGCCUCCGUCAUGUCGUCGUCUUCGUCCUGCUGUUGUAUUCCCGGGUGCAGCAAUCGGCAUAUCGAAUGGACCACCCCACUUCCGAGAGAUGAAGUGCUACAGGCUCGCUGGAGCGAAGCCAUUCGGACCGGUACCGGAGGGUUGUCGCCCAUAGAGGCCCGAGUUUGCAAUGCCCAUUUCGUGGACAAAGGAGCAGCUACAGCUUCGAACGAUGGAUACGGUCGACUGCCGGCUUGGGGCUCGCUGGAAUACCAGGAACCGACGCUGUUUUAUAGAAACGACAUUCCACUGCAAGUGACUUGGUGUCGCCUCUGUCUCCGCCAUGGCACACUGGAGAGCAUGUUCAACAUUCACGGACGAUCAUCGAUCACAGAACAAUCCCUAGCCUGGAUGGCAAAUAAACACUUUGGAGUCUGGUUAAACGCUCAGUCUCCAUCGGAGACUCACUACUUUUGUGAGAAGUGCAAACUACGGCUUGAGGCAACACACACCUUCUGGAAGGAAAUUCAGCAGUCCGACCAGAAGUAUCGAAUGCUUCAGGAAAAAAUGUCCAUCCAUAGGCUGUCGCUCAAUUCUUGUGAUUCAGUCCAUUCCUAUCCUACGGAAACUUAUCCUAGUAAUGACAAAGCCACACAAGACGGUAUACCACUUCCGUCAACACGACCUUUUAACUUUGAACCGUUCUCAAAUUCUACAUUAUCGAUGAAACAAAACUUCAACAAAAUGUUUGCCGUUGUCGAGUUUACUUCUGGAACGCCAACUAUCGAAGUACUCGCCGUUCCGACUUCUUGGAUCAAAGACAAUCUGUUAAUGUGGCCAAAACGGUUGAACGGUGAAGCGAUUUACGCUCUGCGGAAGGAAGGAACGCACCUCGACGACUCCAUUGAAACGGAAAACUUUCCCGUUGUGGUCCUACAGCACUUUACUGACUAUUAUUUGGCGGAAAUUGCAGUUCAGGAUAUCCUCAAACAAAGAAACAGAGAUUCGUCAUCCCGGAUCGAUCUUCCUAACGCCAAUCGAGAUGUACUUACUUACACGGCAUUCCGCAACGAAAUCCACAACCUUAAAGCCAAUCUUGACUCGCUAGUCCAAGCGGCAGUGGAAAAAGGUUUCCGCUCCAAAUCGCUUCGCAACAAUGCAGCACAGUCGAGGCAAGCUUCCGAACUGGUAAUGACAAUCCAAGCGGAGGUCGAGAGACACAAGAAGAUCAGCAACGCAUCGGAAUUGGACGAUUUCAACACCAGGUUGGCAGAUCCCUCAGUGGGUCGUAAAUAUUUGGAUUACUUCGCCAAGCUAAUCCACCCGAAUAACUGCUCCAGCGGGGACAACGCAAUGUACACCAUCGUGGACUACCUGUUCACGCGGGACUUCUGGAACCACUUCACCUGGACCGGAAUCAACCGCAGCCAGAAGUCGUCCCGCGGCUUUCGAGAGUUUGCCAACGUCACGCAGCUGCUGCUGAACAUCGUCCUGCUCGGGGACAGCACGUACGAUGCCCCACGGUUGGAGCAGUUCUGCCGGACGAAGCUGUUCCGAUACUGUAAGUCCCGGUCCGCCGGGAAGCAGCUGCGGAAGUCGACCUGCCGGCCCGGCAGAAAGCGACCGGCCGAAGAUUCCAGGAGUUCCGAUGGCGGUGGUGAAGUGGAGCCGGCGUUGGGUGACGGGGGGACCACUGAUUCGAAUGUGGUUUGUAAAGUGGAGGUAUUCAACAAUGACAUGUGGCAACAGCCCGAAACUGAAAAUACGGGAGAGUUUACUGACGAAAUGAUGUGAAAUUGUAAAAUAGAGAAAAAUAUUUGACGCACCAAAUAAAAAAGAGAUGUUUAAAUAAAAAUAAA